AUGCACUCCUCCACAAUCUUCCUUGCUGUCGUGGCAGGCCUUACCGCCGCACACCCGCACAACGAGAACGUAGCUCGAGCUGCAACCAAUACCCAGUUGCAAACUACCUUCCCCAAAUCCAGCGGCACCUCCGCCCUCGCCGCAGCAAAGACGCUUGCUGCUGGAUCCUCCUUCGACGGAGGUAUGAAGCAGUGGGACCGCAGCACCGAUACCUGCAAGGGCCAGACCGAGGGCGGCGACAAAGACGCUGUCUUCAUCCUUCAGGAAGGCGCUACACUCUCCAACGCCAUCAUCGGCCCCAACAACGGCGAAGGUGUACACUGUCUAGGCAGCUGUACUUUGAACAACAUUUGGUGGGUGGACGUGUGCGAGGACGCUGCGACGUUCAAGCAGACGAGUGGGACUUCGUACGUUAAUGGCGGCGGUGCGAAGGGUGCAUCAGAUAAAGUGCUCCAGCACAACGGUGGAGGCACUGUGGCAGUGAAAAACUUCUACGCCGAGAACAUCGGUAAAUUGUACCGUUCAUGCGGAAACUGCAGCAAGCAGUAUGCGCGCAAGUCCUCCUUCACUAAUAUCAAGGUGGUGUCUGGGAAGCUCGUCGCUGGGGUGAAUGGCAACAAUGGCGAUUCGACCUCGAUCAAGGAUAGCUGCUUGAUCGAUACGAAGUUUUGCGACUUGUACAAGGGCGUGACGAGCGGUGAGCCGACGAAGACGCUGUCAGGCCCUGAUGGAAAGACAUGUGCUACCAGUGGAAUCAAGACCAGUGGAUGCUAG